GGGCUCUAUGACGAAUUUGGGAAAUACGGUUCCGGUUGCGUGAAAAUACGUCGUAAUACUGAGUGUAGUAUUUCCCCCUUUCCCCGAAUUUGUGGGGUGUUCCACUUAUACUUUGGCCUCCUGUUUAAAGCAGAAAACAGCAAAGAUGAGUAAACGAACCAACACCACUGCUACAGCUCGGCUAAAGCAAGAUUACAUAAGGAUUAUGAAAGAUCCUGUACCUUAUGUGACAGCUGCUCCCUUGCAUUCAAAUAUACUAGAAUGGCACUAUGUUGUGAGAGGUCCUGAGGGUACCCCUUAUGAAGGUGGUUAUUAUCAUGGUAAACUUGUAUUCCCAAGAGAGUUUCCAUUCAAACCCCCUAGUAUAUACAUGAUAACACCUAAUGGUAGAUUCAAGUGCAAUACAAGGCUGUGCCUAUCGAUAAGUGAUUUUCACCCAGACACAUGGAAUCCAGCAUGGUCAGUGUCAACAAUCCUUACUGGACUCCUUAGCUUCAUGGUGGAAAAGAACCCCACUCUAGGUAGUAUAGAGACAUCAGAUCACACCAAAAGACAACUUGCUGCACAGAGUGGUAGUUUUAAUUUAAAGAGCUCUAUAUUUUCUGAAAUCUUCCCAGACAUAGCUGAAGAGGUAAACGAAAGACUCCGCCAAGAAGAGGAGGAAAUGAAAAGAAGUUUAGAAUCACGGACGGGGAGUCCACUGACGACAUCACCGUCCGGAGCUGCAACAGGAAUCGGACAGAAUAACGUGGAGAAUGGUUUUGUUGGCAGCACUAUUGCAAAUAUAUUUGUAAUUAUUGGAUUUGCAGCGUUCGCAUACACCGUCAAAUAUGUUUUGAAGACUAUAGCACAAGGAUAAACAGUUAACAAUUCUUUGUUUUGUUUAAUUUGCAUGUACAGCUGUAAAUGUGAACCUCCUGUCACUUUAGGGAAGGUCUUGUAUUGUCAGAGAAACUCAAAAAAAAAUUUUUUUUCUAAGGAAAGAGGGUUUUAGCUGAUUCCAUUUGCUGAAUUUCAC